GACAGACACUAGAGACAACAAGGCGCAGUCGACAUCUGCGAAAACGCCGACCUGAAAUUCUCUGGCGCAUCAGCAUUCUCAUCACACUUGUUUCAUCACUCCAAGAUCUCUUUCCUCUGCUUAUUCUUCGGAAGUUAUCGCCUACCUGACGCCUACUGUUUGACUCAACAACCAUGGCGAGCACUUAUCUGCACAGCACGGUGUGGAAGUUCCAUGACCCUGAUGAAUUGAUCACCAUGUUCGACGAAAUGGUCAACGACGCCAAUGUCAGAUGCACAUACAUGUCCGACAAGCAGAUGUUUUGUAUCGAGUUCCCGGAACCCGGACACGACAACACUUUCUUCAAGUUCGUUGACAUCUGCAACGAGUACAUCAUUACGCACCAAGACGGCCCAUUGGACGUAUUGAGUGACCCCAAAAUCGUUCGUCCUCCCGAGACAGGUGGAAAUGGCAAUGUUGAGGAUGAUAUUGAUGAUCUCCUCAGAGAAGAAGAUGACGAUUCCGAUGGCGAGGAAAUGCUCAUCGAUGUUGGCGGUGGCCACGAAGAGGAUGAGAAGAAAGACUUUUGGAGCCCUGGAUACUCAAGCACGAAGAUCAAGGAUGUUUUGCCGGACCGAGUUCUGCACGAUGUCGCUCAGGAUACUGCUUGCUCAUUGGCACUGAGCGCUGAGAAGGCAUGCGUCUUCAUCACUAAUGCAUCGGAGAGCAAGAUCCAAACCGUCAAGAUGAAAUUGAGCCGCAUCGAGAGGAAUUUUCAUUGUCCAAUGAUCGUUUCUCACUUCAUGCGUAUGGAGAAGGAAGCUGCGGCCAAGGUCCAGCUCCAUCGUCUUCACGCUCUGAGAGAUGGCACCAUGCUUCAGACCCUGAGUCCCGCCGGAUGGUACAACAUGCUACCACGUCAGCGCGUCAUACGCUUGAUGUGCUAUGACGACAAAGGUCACCCAUAUGUCUUCAGCACACCGCCAUCGAAGUACGCUCAUGACGAGAGACUGGUUUCGAGGUUCUCCUCAAUACAGCUCCCGCAAUUCGUCAAAGAUGGCAUGCAUGCGCUUUUGUUGACAUUCGUCGACAAUCCGGUCGAAAUCUGGCUGCAGAAGACUCUUGACUUUGAAGCACCUGUGGGAGACGAUCUAAUGGGCGGUGAUCCCGAGGGUGGUGAUUCCAAAGACAAAGUGUGGCUCACAUUGAGCCCUGCUGCUAUAAAAGUCAAACCUCAGGCAGCACGUCCUGUUCAAGAUCUUGGGUUUCCUGAGGAGACUGACUCCGAGAGUCGCCCAAACUCUAGUCUGCUUGUCAACACCGAGGCCCCCAGAUCGGAUCUUCUUAUCGACUACGAGGGCCGGCCGAGAUCGCCUCUCCAGCCUUGUCUGCCAAGGUACUCCCCCCAUACCUCGGCUCCUGGAUCGGUCGACAUCGCUUCUGCACAUUCGGCUGUCCUCACAGAGCAGUCGCAGUCCGUUGCGCAGCCUGGAAUCAAAUGGUCGGACAAGUCGGUCAAAGCAUCAUGGGAUGUUACGCCUGCAUGCCCGACUCCAGUCGACUACGGUAUCGAGGAACUGCCGAAGUUUGUUGACGACAACAGCACCGAAUCGUUCCCACCUCUUGGAUCUGGACGUCAGCGUCAAGUCCAACAAGCACCCACUCUCCGACCAUCUCGUGGAGUUACCCUUGUCAGGCCACCAGGACUAUCAACCCAGCCUGGCCAAUACUCUCAAGCAGCGCAGACUAUGCCUGCAGAGACCUCGUCUGACGAGAUCACCGAUAUCAUUGAGACCCUUCAGAUCGAAGACGAAGUCGCAACCCGGAGGUACUUCCAAACAACAAAUCACCGCAAGCCUAAUCCAAGAUCGCAGAUCAAGGGAAAGUCGAGUAAGCCUUCGUUCAAAGCACAGCCUGAUGCUCCAGAGUAUGAUCCCAGAUCCGUCCAGCAGACAAGCAAGCCCGAGCAGACUCGAGCAAGUGCACCUCAGAUACCACGGGUUCCUCAGGUCAAGCCUCUGGUACUUCCAGACUGUAGCAACGAUCUGUUGAAGAUUCUGGAUAACGCCAGAGCUUUCAGGGGUUCUCUGGACAUGGAAGUCCCCAUCGGUCGCUUCUUGAUACAGGGCUUGACAGGACUUGAAGCGAAGGAGUUUGCUUAUUCGAAGCCGAUGCCGGCCAAACUCAUGGCUCAAGGCAUCAAAGAGCAUCUCUCUUCUGACACCAACACACACUCCUUCUUCCUGGAGAGGCUGACGUCUUCUGUCACUGAGGCAUGCCAGAUUCCAGUUCCACGUCUCUUCGACCAAGGAAGCAUUGGGGAAGAUUGCUGGUAUGAAUUCCAUUGCGAAGACAAGUACCACAACCAUCUGAUCGUUAAGGUGAAGGAUUCUGAAGUCGCCGAAACCACACUUGGUCCCAAUACCAUCGGUCAAGUCUUGUUCCACUAUCCAAAGCGUAGGUGGGAUGCUUGCUUCUCUGUCCGUGGCAGUAAGCCAUACACGCACCACAAGGCAGUCUCACAAUUUAUGGAGAAGCUGUCUGUUGAAGUCCGCGACUCCAAGAAUGGUCGCCUCGUCGAUAUGCGCUUCCGUGUGGUUACCGACCUGAAAAUCUACAGUGCCUACGCCAAGAAGCGCAUGUCAUUCGGUUAUGUCCAGAACGAUCGCAUCACCCUGCACCUCACAGAGGUUCAGAAAUUGACGGAAGCUAGGAUGAAGGAAGACACUUCUCUGCACCAGUUCGCGUCUGCAGAGAGAUCUACCAUGAUCGCAGAGCAUCGCUUGUGGUACGAAGCAAAGAUGUCUGUUGACGCCAAAACUUUCUUCGAUCAAAACUUGGAGACGAACACUGGUGACGACGCUUCCUGGCAGCCGAAGGACGUUCUCGACGAUAAGAUGCUGUGUGAUAUCCAGAACAUUGUUGAUUAUGUUGUCGUCGGUAUGGAUGGUGUUGGCGUCCUGAACCAGGGAAGGCGCGGCGAUGAGAAUGAUAUGGCCAAGCUGGAGGCAUGGGAACAGGAGCAGAAGAACAGUAGUCGUGUUGAUUGCUGGUGAGAAGAGAAGGUCUUUGCGCGUUUGCAAAACUAGAUGCAUUAUACAGUUGCGUAGUAGAAGUGCGCGAUGUUGGUGG